AUAUUAUACAGCUGAUCAUCGAAGCCACGCCCCCAAACUCCGAAUCCACCAAUCAGGACUCGCCAAACGAUGAGGGCGGAAAAAACACGGAAGUGCUUCAAAGAAAAACAAGACAGGGGAAGAAGACACACUGUAGCAUCCCUCAUCAGCCGUAAUGGAGAAAGGAUCAGGUGUUGUUCUGGCAACAGAGAGAUAUGGCAGUGCAGAGUCCUGGAAGUAUGUUGCAAAGGAUGGGGUGAUGGAGAGGAGAAGGGAUGGGGGUGAGGGUGAAUCAAGAGCAAACUCCAUUGUUGGAGUUUUUAAAAGUGUCUUUCUGCCUCAAGGAUAUCCAGAGAGUGUCAGUAAUGAUUACCUGCAGUACCAGUUUUGGGACACAGUGCAGGCUUUCUCCAGCUCUCUGUCUGGGACUCUGGCCACUCAGGCCUCCCUCAAAGGGGUCGGGGUUGGAAACCAAGAGGCAACAGUAGCAGCAGCCACAGUCACCUGGUUGCUAAGAGAUGGAACUGGCAUGUUGGGACGAAUCCUCUUCGCAUGGCAGAAAGGGACUAAACUGGACUCUGAGGCCAAAAAGUGGAGACUUUUCGCUGAUGUUCUCAACGACAUUGCCAUGUUCAUGGAAAUACUGGCUCCUUACUUUCCUGCUUUCUUCAUCCUGAUUGUGUGUACAGCUGGGAUAUUCAAGUCAAUCGUAGGUGUGGCGGGCGGUGCGACCAGAGCUGCUCUGACCGUCCAUCAGGCUCGUAGAGACAACAUGGCUGACAUCUCUGCCAAAGAUGGCAGUCAGGAGACUUUGGUGAAUCUGGCCGGUCUGCUGAUCAGUCUGAUACUCAUUCCCCUCGUCACUGAUAAUCCAGUAUUGACCCUCAGCCUCUUCUUCCUCUUCACCAUCCUCCAUCUUUUUGCCAACUACAAGGCUGUGCGAUCAGUCGUAAUGGAAACUUUCAACGAGGCGCGGCUGACGAUUGUUCUGCAGCAGUACCUGAGAGACAGUCGGGUUCUGAGUCCACAAGAGGCCAAUCAGAGGGAACCAGUUUUUAUCGAGUUCAGCAAAAGUGUGCCGAUCAAACUUGGAGUGAGGUUGCAGGAGGUUCUGCAGAGCAAAGAUGAACUUGAUUUGGCCUUGAAGCAUAACGGCAUGCCUUACCUGUUAGGAGUGAAACAUGGUUGUGUGUGCAUAUGUUUAGGACCAGAAGCAGCAGUGCAUGAUGAAAUCAGAGCAAUGUGCCAAGCUGUUUGGCUCAGCAGUAAGUUGACCACCCAGACUUCAAGAGAUCUCUCUACACAACAAAAGCAGAGUCACUGGGAAUUGGUGCACGAGAGUCACAAGCUCAUGGACACAAUUUUCAGUCCAUUUCUCAAAGGAGUGGAAGCUGCAGGCUGGGACGUCAAACGAACUCUGCUGGACUGGGAUGAGUGGAGAGUUGAGUGGAAGACAAAAAGCAACUGAGCUGAAAACAUCUGGAGUUUGUUGAAAUUGUGAAUAUUAACUUUUUUCAAGGUUUAAUAAAUACUAUUUUUAUGCAAA